CCUGCUGCUGGAAGUCCUCUGAAGUCCAGUUUUGCAUUCUGGAGGCCGGAGCCCCGAGGCAGGCGCCCAGCCGCUCUUCAGGGGACCUUGGGAGCUGUAACUUGAAGGAAUCUCAGGCUGCGGAACCGAUGUCAGCCAUGCUUCCAGAAUCUUCUGUCCAUUGUCAACAGCAAGAAAGAAUGAAAGGAUCUCUGAAGCUGGUGUCAUUUGAUGAUGUGGCUGUGGACUUCAGCUGGGAGGAGUGGCAGGACCUGGAUCUUGCUCAGAGGACCCUGCAUAGAGAUGUAAUGCUGGAGACCUACAGCAACCUCUUGUCUGUAGGGUACUGUGUUCCUAAACCUAAAUUGAUUGCCAAGCUGGAGCAAGGUGCAGAACCAUGGAGAAGAGAAGCCUCAGACAAGAAUCUCACAGAUGUCCAAGAAAUGGAGUACAGGAUUAAGACUUGUCAGGAGAGUCCCUAUGAAUAUCUGUCUGAAGUAGCAGUCAUGAAUAGUAACACAGGAGAGGAAAAAGUAAGAUUAAUAACAACUUUUAAUUUGAGAUCAAAACCUAAGUCGGAGCUGAUUAGAAAUAAUGGGAACUCCUUGGGGAUGAGGACAAAGGAGUUUAUGCGAUGUCAGAACAUGCUUCUCUAUGGUGAACCUGAUUUGAUAUGUGCUGCCUAUACUCCUGGUGUGUCUCCUGUAGUUUUUGAAUAUAACCAAUGUGGACAGCCUUUUACCCAGAAGGCACAUCUUACUGUCCAACAGACAACACACACAGGAGAGAAACCUUAUGAAUGUAACCUGUGUGGAAAGUCUUUCACCCAGAAGGCACACCUUACUGUCCAUCAGACAACACACACAGGAGAGAAACCUUAUGAAUGUAACGUAUGUGGAAAGUCUUUCACCCAGAAGGCACACCUUACUGUCCAUCUGACAACACACACAGGAGUGAAACCUUAUGAAUGUAAGGUGUGUGGAAAGUCUUUCACCCGGAAGGCACACCUCACUGUCCAUCAGAGAAUACACACAGGAGAGAAACCUUUUAAAUGUAACGUGUGUGGAAAGUCUUUCGCCCAGACUGCACACCUUACUUUUCAUCAGACAACACACACAGGAAAGAAACUGUAUGGAUGUAAUAUAUGUGGAAAAUCUUUUACCUGGAAGGCACACCUUACCAUCCAUCAGACAACCCACACAGGGCAGAAACCUUAUGAAUGUAUGGAGUGUGGAAAGUCUUUCAUCCGGAAAGCAAACCUUAUUGUGCACCAGAGAACUCACACAGGAGAGAAACCUUUUGAAUGUAACGUGUGUGGAAAGUGUUUCACCCAGAAGUCACAACUUACUGUCCAUCAGGCAACACAUACAGGAGAGAAACCUUAUGAAUGUAACGUGUGUAGAAAGUCUUUCACCCGGAAGGCACACCUUACUGUCCAUCAGAGAACACACACAGGAGAGAAACCUUAUGAAUGUAAGGUGUGUGGAAAGUCUUUCAUUCGGAAGGCAGAACUGAAUGAUCAUCACAGAAUCCACACAGGAGAGACACCUUAUGAAUGUAGCAGGUGUGGAAAGUCUUUCUCCCGGAAAAUACACCUUACUGUCCAUGAGAGAAUACACACAGGAGACAAACCUUAUGGAUGUAGCUGGUGUGGAAAGUCUUUUAUCCGGAAAGCAGACCUUAAAACACAUCAGAGAAGACACACAGGAGAGAAACCUUAUGAAUGUAUGGAGUGUGGAAAGUCUUUCAUGUGGAAGGCAGGCCUUAACAUCCAUCAGAGAAUGCACACAGGAGAGAAACCUUAUGAAUGUAGCAGGUGUGGAAAGUCUUUCACCCGGAAGGCAGACCUUAACACACAUGAGAGAACACACACAGGAGAGAAACUUUAUGAAUGUAACCUGUGUGGAAAGUCUUUCACAUGGAAGGCACGCCUUAAUAUCCAUCAGAGAAUGCACACAGGAGACAAACCUUAUGAAUGUAGCAAGUGUGGAAAAUCUUUCAUCCGGAAGACACACCUUAACAUACAUCAGAGAAAACACACAGGAGAGAAAACUUAUGAAUAUAUGAAGUGUGGAAAGUCUUUCACAAGGAAGGCAGUCCUUAAUAUCCAUCAGAGAAUGCAUACAAGAGACAAACCUUAUAAAUGUAUCACAUGUGGAAAAUCUUUCACCUGGAAGGCACACCUUGACAUCCAUCAGAGGACACACACAGGAGAGAAACCUUUUGAAUGUAAUUUGUGUGGAAAGUCGUUCGCCCAGAAGGGACAGCUUACUGUCCAUCAGAGAACACACACAGGGGAGAAACCUUAUGAAUGUAACAGCUGUGGAAAGUCUUUCACCAGGAAGGAAUACCUUACUGCCCACCAGAGAACACACACAGGAGAGAAACCUUUUGAAUGUAACCUGUGUGGAAAGUCUUUCGCCCGGAAAACAAAACUUACUGAUCAUCACAGAAUACACACAGGAGAGAAACCUUAUGAAUGUAACAAAUGUGGAAAGUCUUUCACCUGGAAGGCACACCUUAAUAUCCAUCAGAGAAGACACACAGGAGAGAAACAUUUUGAAAGUAACCUGUGUGGAAAGUCAUUUGUCCAAAAGGGAAAAGUUACUGUCCAUCAGAGAACACACACUGGGCAGAAACCUUGUGAAUGUAACAAAUGUGGAAAAUCUUGCAUCAAGAAGGCACACCUUAGUGUCCACCAGAUAACACACAGAGGAGAAAAACCUUAAAAAUGUAACAGCUGUGGAAAAGUUCCACACAGAAGUAAACCCUCAUUUUGCAUCGGAGAGCACUCACAGGAGAGAAGCCUUUUGAAUGCAACACAUGUGCAGAGCUUCAAGUGGAAGUGACAGCUCAGCACACAUGAGAAAAUUCACCCACAUGAGAAACCUCUGGAAUGUAACAAAUGGGGAAAGUCUUUCAUCUGGUAGAAAAGGCAGUUUGCAGCAGAGAACCCACACAGGAUAGAUAGAAGCCCUUAUUUAGUACCAGAAAUAACACAAGACAGGUAAGUAACAAUAUGUAAAGCUAAUGGGCUCAAAUCGCUCAUGUCUGCAAUUCUGAAAUCUGAAGACCAAUCUUUGGAGCUUGCCUGGGUAAAAUGAACAUGAGACUUAUCUCCAAUUAGCCACCAUAAAGGUCAAAAGUAGUAGAUAUGUGCCUCAAGCGAUAGAGGACUAGCCUUCAGCAAAGAAGCUCAGGAACAGCACCUAGGCAGUGAGAUCAAGUGCUAACGUUGGCAUGUUUGACUGGUGUACAGAAAUCAAUACCAGUUGUAGUAAUUGAACUUCAUUUUGUAAUAAUGCACACUUUUAAGGAAUCCUCUUAGAAACAGAAAAAUGGGUUUCUAUGUGAAGCUAGUUCAUAAUUUAGUAGUUGCUCUAAAUAUUAUCCUUCCUUAAUAAUUAGGAAUUCAUUUGAUUUGAGGACAGCAGUGUAUUCAUUUGAAAUAAAGUUAGUAAUCUAGGUGUGUUUUGGCAGGCUUAUAAUUCAAAAGGUAGGAAAGGAAGACAGGAUUUUCAUUAGUUUGAGAGCAACUCAAGCUAUACAGUGAUGUUCUGCCUCAUUUGUAUAUAUAAAAUAUGUCAUAUUAUUAAUAUAUACCAUAUAUAUGAGUGUGCAAGUGUGUAUGUAUAUAU